CGUAGCACAGUAUUCAUCUCACUCCUCAGGAACAGGCCAGGUAGAACCAUGUUUGGAGGUUUAGGGAAGCUUGCUGCUGAGGGUCUGGCCCACCGGGCUGAGAAUGCUACUGAAGAAGUAGUCCACAAGGCUGAAGAAGUGGUUAAGGAAGUGGUCAAGGAAGUAGUGGAACAUGCCAAGGAAGCUGGUGAGAAAGCCAUUGAAAAUGUAGUCAAAGCUGCAAAGGAAACUGAAGAAAAAGCUAUGAAGGAGGUGACCAACACAGUGACCAACACAAUAAUGCAUGCCACCGAGGGACUGAACAAACUGGGACAAUAAUCAGCACCACCAUCACAGCCUGGGCACAAUAAAAAAGCCAUGUGAAUUCUA